CCUCACUCCUCUGACAGGGAGAGAGAGAAGAGAAAGAAAAGGAAGAAGGAAAGAACAAAGAUUCAGCUAUACAGUAACUGGUUGUCUUCGCUGUUUUCCACCAAGAUUGCCGAUGUCUUUGUAUAUUGGCCAUCUAUCGUCUCGCACUCGUAGGGAUGAACUUGAGCGUGCUUUCAGAAGGUUUGGAAGAUGCAAUGUACAGCUGAAAGAUGGCUUUGGAUUUGUUGUGUAUGACUACCCUUCAAAUGCGGAGGAAGCUCUGAGAGCACUUCAAGGAAGGAAUAUCUGUGGGGAGCCAUUAACUCUCACAUGGUCAAAUAAACAGCCUAGACCUCUCAAAAAAUUUGCUAGGGCUGAUCAAUCCUAUGAUCAGGAGCCACUUAAAGUUAGGAGUUCUGCUAGAGGUAGAGAUUAUGGCAAUAGAAAGUUGGAUUUAAACGUUCAGCAUGAUUACAAGAUGAGUAUUGAACAACCAGAGAGUCAUGGUGUGAGGCUUAAUUCUGCUGACUUGCUUAAUGUGGAGAUAGAUUACCAUGAAGACCAUGUUAAAGAAUACACUAGGGAAGACAAUCAUGACUAUGGGGAAGAUUUGCUGAAUCAAGGUGGUCAAGUUGAACUGAACCUGAUGGAUGGUAAUAGGUGGGAUGGGAAAUGCCAUGAACUGUCUGAUGGUAAUGAUGUUGAACAUGAAAUGGAAUUUAACCGCUACAUAGGUUAUGACAAGAAAGAUGAUGAAAACAAUCGAAUUGUGUAUUCCAGUGGUUCUCCUGCUGCACAAAGCCCUCCAAAGAAAAUAGUAACAGAGCUGAUAAGUGAAGGAACUUUGAACCAACUCAAUGAUUCAAAAGCACAGCAAGCUUGUUACAGCUGCGGUGCCUUGGGUCAUAGAAAGCGUAAUUGUCCCUGUGAUAAUACUUCAGGAAGAUAUUUCUCCAGGUUUGACCACAGACAUAAUGAUGAAAUUGGAUCCAGUUCUCGGGCAAAGCUGCAGCAAGACAAGGAUCCCCUAACAACAAAGCGAUCCAAGGAUAGAAAAGCAUCUGGUUCAGGAAAGUGGGGGCGAUUGAUAGAGAAUGGAAGCUCCCCUUUUGCAAAGGAAACUGACAGAGCUUGGGAAAAGGACUAUAGAGGAACAAAGAGAAGUAGGAGGAGAGGUGGAACUCCUAAAAGACGUAGUGAAAAGAAAGCAAGGCCAAUUUCUUCUCCACUUCAUCCUGGUUACAAUGCAUCCAGAUCACGCUCAAAAUCUAAAUCCUUAGAGCAUGUGCUAAGGUCAAUUUCACAGUCUAGAUCAAGGUCCGUAUCAUCUAGAGCAUGCUUGUCAUCUUCUAAUUUAAGGUCCACUCCAGUAUCACAUUAUUCUAGAUCCAGAAGUUCUAAGUCUAACUUAAGGUCAAGCUCGCCUACAUCCUUGUCUUUGUCUGUAUCCCUUGGCAGGCCUUCAUCAUCAUUACCGAACAAGGGGCAGUUGAAUCUGAAAGGUACUUUGGAUAAUUCUACCACUCCUGAAUCCAAGGAGAUUAUGGUUGUUGGAGAACCAGGAAAAGGUGAUGUUGAAUUGGAGAAUGAAAAACUGGAAAAUAGGGUGGGUCCAGUGAACGUUGAAAAUGCUGGGUUAUCUGCCAAAGUAGAAAAUGAAGUGGAAAAGGAUCAAGGUAUGCAGAUAGGUAAUAGUGAUGAUCAUAUGAAACCCAGGUCAGGACCUCAAGUUAAAAUUCCAAGCACAUCAAUUUCAGAGAAAGGUGCACUUGCUGCUGGGAUUUUGUCCUCAGAGAGCUUGGGGGAGAUCAAGGGCGGUGAAGAUUUUGAUACACUGACAACAGAGGAUGUGAUGGUACCUCCUAUA